AUGGACGCGCUCUCCCUCAUCGACGUCUCCGGCGAGGAGGACGACUUCCUCCUCGACCUCGCCUCGCCGCCGCAGCACCCCGACCCGCCGCCCCGCGCCGCCCCAGGUGCUUCGGUGGUGGCCGCCGAUUCGGAGCAGCCCGCCGUCGGAUCUCCGCCGGGCGGGCAGGUCGUGGAUCCCGCGGAGCAGGCACCGGAGCGCGCGCAGUCCCCGAAGAGGACCAAGCCCAAGGGCGGCGUCAACCUCCGCAAGAGCCUCGCCUGGGACAAAGCCUUCUUCACCAGCGAAGGUGUUCUGGAUACUGAGGAAUUGGGCAUUGUGAACAGCACUUUCCGCAAGUCACAGGGUUCUAGGCUUCUGCCAGGAAUAGCAGAGGAAAUGAGGAGGUCAAUGGAGUCCACCACCUCCUCGCUGGAAAGUGAAAGCUUUGUGCUGGAAAGCCUUGAGACUGAGCUGUUUGACAAUGUCCGUGCUUCGAUUCAGAGGACGCUUGGGAAACCUGAUAAAGCUCCUAGUGUGGCUUCUGGAAGCUCAAAAACCCCCAGGGCCACAGCAAAGGCCCCUCCUGUCACAGCGAGAAAGGGGGUUGAUCGGAUACCUCAGACUCAGAGCAAGAUAAAGCCCCCUGCUUCAAUAAGCAAUGGUUCCGUUGGUGGUAGCAGACAAAGGCCCCAAGUCACCCUGAAAGAGCCUGCAGCUGCAAGAGUGGCUGUAUCGAAAGCUGCGGAAGCAAAACCAUCCUCAAAGCCUCCCAGAGCUCUGCCAAGAGUUGCUACAAUGAGAGCACCGACUAACACAGCUGUCACCUCUGGGAUUGCAGACAAAAGAAGCAGCACUGGAGGUGUAGUCAACAGGCAGGCAGUUGCCAAGUCUGCUAACAGUUCAGCCAGCGUGCCAUCUCGGCCUGGUGGGGGGACAAAGAACAACUCAACAUCAAAAUCUGGUGCUUUGUCGUCAGCAGCAAGUCCUUCCUUGCGUAGUGCUCCCAUGGCAGGUGGGAAAACAAAGUCACCGACCCUAAUCAGCAAGAACAGGACCGCUCAGAGGAUCCCUAUUCGUUCAUCAAGAUCUGAUAUCAGCAAGGUUGACCCAGCAAGGGCAUCAAGAAAUAAGAGUCACAGUGAGGGUGCAUCACCGACCAUUUCACCUAGCAGCUCCGUGGACAGCAUGAGUUCUGUGAUUUCUGGGGUUUCAACUGCAUCCACUGUAGGGAGAGCGAGUCAUACAUCUGAGACCUAUAGCACAAGGUCGUCUUCAUUGUCCCCUUCCAACAGAAAGAGCAAUGACCACCCUCCAACCACACUACGGAGGCCUGUUAUUGUUACAGAAGGACAGGCUUCAGGAGCAUUUGCUGAUAAUGUGAAAUCUAAUGUUGACACAUCAACCCAAGGAAAUGGUUUUAAACCAUCUGGUCUACGAAGGCCUACACCCAAGAUUGGAUAUUUUGAUGCUGAGAAAUCUGUUGAACAAAAAGCCGGUGCACGGGCACAACUGCAACCCACGAAGGUUCUGUUUUCACCGUUGGCCACACAGAACUCUUGGAUUCCUUCUACUCCAAAGACAAUCCCUGCAGCUCUUACCUUUGAGCAAGAAGAACCAAAAUCUAGGGCAGCAGCACCUUCUCAAACCAAAUCUAGGGCAGCAGCACCUUCACUGCCUCUCAAAGUUGCACAAACUGAAGUAAAACCAUCAAAGGUGACAGAGCCUGAAGCUUCUCAAGCUAAGGUAUCAACUCCACUGCCUCUCAGAGUUGCACAAACUGAAGUAAAACAAUCAAAGGUGACCGAGCCUGAAGCUUCUCAAGCCAAGGCAUCGACUCCACUGCCUCUCAGAGUUGCACAAACUGAAGUAAAACCAUCAAAGGUGACAGAGCAUGACGCUUCUCAAACUAAGGCAUCGGCUUCACUGCCCAUCAGAGUUGCACAAGCUGAAGUAGACCCAUUGAAGGUGUCAGAGCAUGAAGCUUCUCAAACUGAGGCAUUGCCUAUACUGUCUCCCAGAGUUGCACAGACUGAAGUAGAACCAGCAAAGGUGGCGGAGCAUGACAUUUUUGGAACAAAGGGGCCUUCAAUGCCUUUAAUUAGAGCUGCUCAAACUGAAAUAGAAACACCAAAGGUGUCAGAGCAUGAAACCCACAUGCAGGAGACUGGUCCAUUGGUAGUCGCCAUGGACAGUGCAGAGGAGGGCAUUCCAGCUUUGCAUCAGAAUGUCCAGGCCAAUGGUGAAGUAGAAUCGUCAAAGGUGUCUGAGCUUGAAGCACACGUGAAUGAGACUGGUUUGUUGCUCGCCAUGGGCAUUGCAGAGGAGGGCUUUCCAGCUUUGCAUGAGAAUGUCCAGGUUAAUGGUGAAGGAGAAUCAUCAAAGGUGUCGGAGCAUGAAGCACACAUGCAGGAGACUGGUCUGUUGGGCGCUAUGGACAUUGCAGAGGAGGGCUUUCCAGCUUUGCAUGAGAAUGUCCAGGUUAAUGGUGAAGGAGAAUCAUCAAAGGUGUCGGAGCAUGAAGCACACAUGCAGGAGACUGGUCUGUUGGUCGCUAUGGACAUUACAGAUGAGGAGGGCAUUCCAGCUUUGCAUGAGAAUGUCCAGGCUAAUGGUGAAGUAGAAUCAUCAACAGUUGAGCUGUCAUCAUGUACCUCUGGUCAGCAAGAAUCAGAAACUACAGCAGCACCUUGCGAGGAGAGCAGUCCUUCACAAAUCAAGGUAUCACCUUCUCUGCCACUUGGAGUUGCAAAAAUGGAAGUAGACCCACUGGAGGUGAUUGACCAUGAAGCAGAAACAUCGAAGGUGUCGGAGCAUGAAGCAUACAUGCUGGAGACUGGCCAAUUGGUUGCCAUGGACAUAGCAGAGGAGGGCAUUGCAGCUUUAAAUCAGAAUGUCCAGGCAAAUGGCGAUAUCAGUUCAUCAACUGUUGAGCUGUCAUCAGGUACCUCUGGUCAGCAACAAUCAGAAACUACAGCAGCACCUUGCGAGGUUAACACUUCUCAAACCGAGGUAUCGCCUUCACUGCCACUUGGAGUUGCAAAAAUGGAAGUAGAAUCACUGGAGGUGAUUGAGCAUGAAGCUUGCAUGCCCCAGGCCGGCCAAGUGCUGGCAGCCAUGGAUAUUGCAAAGGAGAACAUUCCAGCCAUGGAUACCGCAAAAGAGAACAUCCAGCCUGGUGGUUAUUUGAGUCCACUAAAGGAGAACAUUCUGGCUGCGCAUCAAAAUAUCCAGCCUGAAGAGCAUAUGACUCCUGUAAAGGGAAGCAUUCUUGCCUCACAUACAAAUGCGCAGGCUAUAGGGGAGAUGACUCCAAUGACUCUCCUGAGCCAGAAGCUGUCCUCCAUUUCUCUAGGACAAGCUAAUGGGGAGGCGACUCCAUUGACCCAGAAGGCGCCCUCCAUUUCUCAAGGACAAUCUAAUGGGGAGGCGACUCCAUUGAACCAGAAGCUGUCCUCCAUUUCUCAAGGACAAUCUAAUGGGGACGCGACUCCAUUGACCCAGAAGCUGUCCUCCAUUUCUCAAGGACAAUCUAAUGGGGACGCGACUCCAUUGACCCUGUUGGCGCAGAAGCUCUCCUCCAUUUCUCUUGGGGAUGCCACCGACUAG